AGGGAGGACUUGGGAGAAGAGCCAACAUAUCAACUGCAACGGACAACGUUCGAGUGUAAUUGCGAAUGUCCGUGCCCGUUUCCGAUUCCGGUGCCCGACGCAUCCGUGAUGGAGUGCAUGUAUCGACGACGGACGUAAAACAACAUUAUGGAGUUAUGCAGCUUUCUGGCACACAAAAAUGCCCAAUAAUACGCAAUAAAACAAAUGCCGUCGACUGCAUAUGAAAAUACAGCACCAAUCUGGACAUAAUCCGGCACGUAAGCGUUGACAGCAACGGAAAAAAUUAAAGUUGACAGUUUAAAACCCACAUCGAAUUCAUUUCGCCGCCAGGGCUUCACCAGAAUUCAGAAACUCAAACCACGCGUCAGAAGACUCUAAUAUGAUUCGCAAUAUCGGUCUUUUGGUAUUAGUUUUUUCACUGAUUGUUUUUGCCUUGGAGGAAGAAGAUACCGAUGAUAACAAAACAGAAAAACCAAAGCGCGAAACCACAAAAAAACCCCUUUUCGAUCAAUUGGAGGUGAAGAAGUGCCCGAAAGUCAAACCCUUAAAGAAUGUUGUUAAAACUAAACUAUUGGGCUAUUGGUUUGCAUAUGCCACAACGCCUUUGAACUUGCCCGUUUACCAACGACGUUGUGCCUCCUAUAAUGUGAUGAAUAAUCCGUAUUUUGAUACGAAUAUAUUGUACACAGACUACGAACACGUAACUAUUACAUAUGGCUGCACCUUCAAUGAUAUGACACAUCUGAAUGAUAUUAAGCUGCGCAUUCUCACCCGCACCCGAACCCCUUUGGUGGACAAGUUAAACAAAGCUCUUUUGUACUUGGAAUCAAUUGCCUUCCCCAUUAGCAAGCUCGAAUUCCUUAAAGCCGAAGCAUUUUGCUUCGAAUGGUACCAGUUGAACUUCCAAAUAAAGCCGAGACCAGGCCGAUUUAAUUCCCCCAUAAACUUAGUUUGGGAUCACUUACGUCUCUAACGGUGGCAAUGACAGCAUGAAUUAAUUGCAUAACUAUCCUUGAUUAUUACAAUAUAAUGAACAUGUGAAGGACCGGCAAAGUGAUGGAGAGGAAAUCGUAUAGUUUAAUUAGUUCAGGCAUCGCCAACCGAAAUCAAUUACGAACGCCUGUUUCAAUCGACCGAUUGGCCCUUCUAGGAACCCAAUUUCCAGAUGUCCAUGUCCUUGUUCCAGAAUCCCAAAAUACACAACGAAAAAAUACUUCAAGAUAAUGCAAAAAUAUUGAUAAAAAUAGUUUCCUUAAUAUUUCGUUUUAUUAAAAUUGUCCAAGAACUUGUAGAAAACUA